GGUUAGUGACAAUGUGGAUAACAGCGAUUGUUACAGUCUUAGGAGUUUUGGCUUUAUCAGCUGAUUCAGAAGCUCUGUUGAACUUAGCACAGCUUGGAAAAGGUGGUGGAGUAAAAUGGACCGAUUUGAAACUGAAGUACGAGUUCCCCGUCAGUGGUAAGUUCAACAUCCCGCUGUCCACGGGACAGAUCACCAAUGACUACAGGUUCCUGAAGGCUCAUGAGGACUUUGACAAGGUAUCACUGUAUAUUGCUGGAGAUGACCCAAGAGUUCAGCUGAUGUACGAUGAUUAUGAAAACAUCUGCGGACUAAGAGUAGCGUACAUCAAUGACGAGAUUGCCAAAAAAACUCCCAAAGGGGAAACAUUCCCUUACUCUUACGAGGACAAGCCUAUUUUCAAGAAGGGAAACGAGUUGGGCAAAGAAUUAUAUUACAUCGAUGUAUUGUUUAUUCACCCAGACAUCCUCAAAACCGGAGGACCUGCUACUCGCACAGAACCCGUUGGAACCGGAGUGUACAUCCAAAUGGACGGGAAAACCUGGACUGAAAUGCCCAGAAACGAAGAGGGAAUGAAGGACACAAAGUUUACAAAACAAGCUUGCUUCCCAGGAAUGGGUCGCCACUACUUCUACAACAUGUCGCCUGAGAUGAAGUGUGAAAACCACCAUCCCGUGUUUCUUCUCUACAACAAAUAUGAGCUCGUCGGAUUGGGGUUGAUCCCAUUCGGCACAUUUGACGCUGAAUUCGGAAAACCCUGGUUUGAAAGCCCGCCAAGAGAAGCGAUCGAUUUUAUUGUACCAUCUGGACCUACUUGCCUCAAAGAUUGGGUCGGGAAGUAUGGAACCAUCUCGCUCCACAUAUACUUCCGCCAAUUCAGCGAACUCAAUUGUGUUGUGUGAUUGAAAAAUGUUCUAAAAAAUAUAACCAGCCUAUAUUUCUACAUAUACAACUUUUUGUU